AUGACCUCUUUAAGCGAUAAAUUUGACCAACUGUGUAAGGAACUAUCCUUAAAGGUUCCUAAUUCUCACACAGUUGUUCAUAAAACCGGGUGUAUUUACAGUAUUGAUAAUGAAUACUUUCCUGACGGAAUAUUCAUCAAUUUAUCAUCAUAUGAAUCAUUUGGUAAAGAAAUGUUGAAAUAUGAUAAAAAUUAUCCCAAAGCGAUAUAUCUAAAUGUUAAACGACAUUUGGAGCCCGUAUUUCAAGAGGAGCCGGAGGAAACGCAACCGGACGACGUUGUAUACAAGGAAAGAAAAUAUUACGAAGAAGUGACUGAAUAUGAAGUUUUUUCUCCGAGCCUGGGCUAUAUUAAAUUGGAAGAAUCUCCGGGGAAUUUGCUGAAUAUCUGUAAUGCCAUAAUUGAGCACGCUGGGUACGAAUUCAAGAGCGACGACUUGGCGUGGAUGAAUAUGAUAGAGGAGAGCAAAUACGCCAGGGACUUGGUGCAAAUUGAAAAUCCGCCUCAAAUUACUCACGAUAACCUCAAGUGCCAAAAGUGCGGGUCCACAACCAAUUUAUGGCUGAACCUCUCGGACGGGUUCGUGGGAUGCGGAAGGAAGAAUUACGACUCAGGAGGAUGCCAGGACGGCAGCGAGGGAGCGGCGCUGUUACACUACCAAGAAACAGGGUGUAAGUACCACUUGGCAGUGAAACUGGGAACAAUUACGCCGACGUCCGCAGACGUGUUUAGUUACGCGCCAGAUGAGGAUAACUUGGUUACAGAUCCUUUUCUGGACAAACACCUAUCGCAUUUUGGAAUUAAAAUACAGUUACUGGAAAAAACUGAAAAGACAACAUUACAACUUGAGUUGGAAAAGAAUCAAUCACAUAGCUGGACCGAUGUAGUAACGGAGAACGACCUAAUAAUGAAGCCAGCACCAAAAUUCGUUGGAAUUGAUAACUCUGGACAUAACUGUUACAUAAACUCGAUUGUACAAUUUUUAAACAACGUCACAGAGAUGAAUAGUUACUUUAUACACUAUUACAAUCGAUUCAACGUAUCGGAUUUUGAUGAUGUGCUCCUGCAAUAUUCAAAAAUAUGUACCUGUAUUAACACAAAUAAGUUUGUAACUCAAUGCAAUUUAAAUCUGUCAAAAUACCAAACUAAGUGUAAAGAGAGGAAUAUAGAAUACUUCGACAUAACGAGCCAUAAAAGCUUUCAUGUUAACCCGAAUAUGUUCAAGUAUUCACUGAGUAAACACAACAAAUUGUUUGACAACAAUGACCAACAAGAUGCAGAAGAGUUCUUGUCCUUUUUUAUAGAUUACCUAACUGAACAUGUGGACAAGAAGGAUAAGGAACUAGACUUAAAAAAAUUGUUUUACUUUAAUGUGUACCAAGUGGUAAAAUGUGACGCCCUAAAGCUGAUUAAUGUUAACACAACGCAAACACACAUCCUAUCACUGUCCCUAUUAAACUCACUAAAGGCAACGUCCGACAAUGAAGUGGAUAAUACAGAGGAACUACUGCUAACAGAUCCUAUCAAUAACUGGUAUAACAAGGUGCCAAUUGAAUACCUGAACGAUGGUGUGACCCACCAGGCAACUUUGGAAAACGGACUGAACAAUUUGCCAAAGUACCUGUUCAUUAAGCUGGAACGGUUCUAUAUGAAGAAGGAUUGGACGUUUUCAAAGUUAGUAAACCCAGUGCUGGUGCCGGAUGUGGUGACCUUUAAGUUAUACGAUAACAAUUCAGUAAAAGUGGACGGUUACCAGGUGGUUUACAACGACAAGGAUAGUAGAAAGGCCACCACUAAGUUAUUUUAUGACAACCUUAAGUUGCUCGGGUACUAUGGCGAUGAUAUCUCCUCGUUAAUGGAUUACCUAAGUACCACUACUGCCAACGGCAAUGAGGACGUCACCACUCGUGCCACUGGAAGCAGCGCUAACGCCGAUUCUGGUAGGGAUAACAGCUAUUGUAAUGGCCACUUAGGCAAUGGGAGCACGGGCGAGUGUGAAGUGGGAUACCAGUUGGUGGGAUUCGUAACACACGUCGGCAACAGCAUCAACAGCGGCCACUACAUAUGCCACCUGAAGAAGGACGGCGAGUGGUACGCGUUCAACGACAGUAAAAUAAACAAAUGUACAAACGUUCCAGCGCAGAACGGGUACAUUUACCUGUUCCAAAGGCUCUAG